CUGCUGUGUACCACCUCUCGUCCCCCCGCUGCCCAACUGCUGCUUAUCUACCACGGUGCAAGCGUACAUACCUCCCCCGCACUUUCAUUGAGGACGAAUUUAGCUCGUCGUGAUGUCUGCCCCAACGGAUCCCCUGGCGUUCCCUGCCUCGGCCGGCCCGACCGCCCAGAAGGACGCACCACCCUUGUCCGUUCCCACGUUUGACGUUACAGGAAAAAUGUUCGUGGUUACCGGAGGCACUCAAGGAAUGGGCCUCGUAAUCUCAGCCUGCAUCGCAAAAGCGGGCGCAAGCGCGGUGACCAUCAGCGCGCGGAGCCAGGAUACGGGAGAGAAGGCCGUCGCUCAACUAACCGAGCAUACACCAUCUUGCCGGGCAAUUCUUCUUCGUGCCGGCGGACGUUGCCAACAAGGAAGACUGCUCCAGACUGGUGUCGGAGGCAGAUCGACUAAUGGGUUGCAUCGAUGGUCUGGUGAAUUGUGCCGCAUGGACAGCGCGAGCAACGCUCGACACCACGACGGUGGAGGUGUGGGAUCGCAUGAUGAACACGAAUGUCCGGGGUCCCUUCCUCCUGGUCCAGGCGGUGUCCAAGUCGAUGAGGAGUAAAGGUCAUCCAGGAUCGAUCGUCAACAUCUCCAGUGUCGUUGCCCAUGGCGGCAUCCCGAAAGUCAGCACAUACUCCGUAUCGAAGGCAGCCCUCAAUGCCUGCACGAAGAUGCACGCCUACGAGCUCAAAGGGGCCCGCAUCAGGGUAAACGCAAUCAACGUGGGGUGGACGUUGACGGACAACGAACACGUCCUUCAGCGGGUUGAGAUGGGGAGCGAGAACUGGAUCGAAGACGCCGAUAAGGGGCAUGCCAUGGGGCGGUUACUUCGGCCCGUGGAUAUCGCCGCUACGGUUGGACACCUCCUCUCCGACGCUAGCGCGAUGAUGACGGGUACCAUCGUCGACCUGCACCCUGAAAUGGUGGACAAUUGCUGGGGUUGAGAGAGGAGAGGGGGGCAAGAGGACCUCCACCUUACCGAAAUGUUAUUGGAAGGAUGGAAGGAUAUAUUGGGCACAGCUUUCAGCUCUGUACCCGGAAAAGGGAACCUGUUCUUGCGUAAUAUUGCUACAAAAGCAUAUUGCUCUAUGCAAGUCAAGGCUAACGAGGUGGAAACACAUGUGUUUGGGUGUUGAGGAGAGCUGCAUGAAUUUAUCUUGCGUCUACUUCAUGUUUGUAAGCACGCUUUCCAGGGAAAGGAGUACGCUUUCAAUGCGGUGGCCAUUCCGCACUUACUGUCGAGGCGUGAACAACAUAAGCGUGGUAGAUAUAGAGUUUAUUAUCGCGUAUACCGACCAGUCGCUGCAGCGUUCAUUGUCUUGUAGAAGUAGGUCGGUCUCUUUCGCCAUCGACACGUCCGUUCGGGGCCCAAGUAGCCGAAAACAAUACCAGUAGACGACACUUGAGCAACGCGGGACAUGCCGACAGGCUAGGCG